UUGAUAAGAUAAGGAAAAUGUUCAAAAUUUAUUUGUUUCACUCUCGUGGUUUAUGAUUCUAUCCAUUUGAUCACUUUUGGUCUAGUUUUCACCAACAGUUCAUGGGCUGAAGUCCUUUGCAAACCUUUCUUCUUUUUAUGCUCUUUAUUGUCACCAACAAGGAACUUUAGCUCUUUACCCAGUGCGAAUUUGCUUUCCGGUGGGGAGGGGAAAAAAGAAGAAGAAGCAAAACGUUUAUAGCCCAUUACCUACUUGUUAACUGAUAAGAGAUCCAAGCGCAGCUGGUAGAGCUGCGGCUAAUUUAUUCCCCCCCACCCCUCUUUUUAUUUAAAGCAUUUUCACCAGAAAAAUCUGGAGCUCUCAGAGAGAACAUGGAAAAUAAGGAAUUCAGGAUCAUCUGGUUUCUGUAUUCAGGGUAGUGUUUCAUGAGUGAGCAUGAUCAAAAGUUUCAUUUUCCAUUCAUAUCAAGUUGAGAAGAAGGGAAAUGAAGAACUAAAGACCAUUGAACAAGGGGGUAUUUCUCCAUCCAAGGAAAAUAAUGUGAUUGAAGGAGAAGAAAAGGCCAAAGCUGAGGAAUCUGCAAGUGUCAAGGCACCUACUGAAUCAAAAGAAGUGGAAAAUACACAGAUUGUGACUCCUGCAAAUGCAGAGGCUGAAAAUGUUGAAAAGUUUGAUGAGACCCCUGAUUUGUAUGUUCUAGUUACAGAUGGUUCACAAUUGGGAGCAAGUCCUGAUUCAAAACUAGAUAUAUCCUCUGUUCCUGAUUCUGUAGUUGAGGCUGUUGUGAAAGAAGCAGAGGAAUCAUCAAAAACACCAGAUGUUACUGAAUCAUCAAUUGAAGCCUUAGACAAACCAGUGGAACUCUUGGAAUCUCCUACAAAAGAUUCAGAACCUGAAGUGGGAAAAAAGCCAGAAGAAGUUUUUGUUGAGGAGCUUAAUACGGUAGAAAAACCAGAAUCAGUUGCGGAAGUUGAAGUGAAACCACAAGAACAGUUUGAAGAAGUUGAGGAAAUAUAUCUGACGCUUGAGCCUAACGAGAGCGUGGAUAAAGAUAUCACCACUGAUUCAGGGACCAAAGCUGACGAGUCCUUGGAGGGAGAAGUUUUGGUUAUGGGAUCUAAAAUGGAAGAAAAGCUAAAACCAGUUGUUGAGGCGGGGGGGAAACCCCAAGAAGUUGAUAUAUCCUCUUUUCCUGAUUCUAUUGUUGAGGCUGUUGGAAAAGAUCCGGAGGAAUCAUCAAAAAUACCUGAUAUUACUGAAUCAUCAAUUGAAUCCUUACACAAACCAGUGGAACUCUUGGAAUCUCCUACGAAUGAUUCAGAACCAAAAGUGGGAAAAAAGCCAGCAGAAGUUUUUGUGGAGGAGCUUAAUACACUAGAAAAACAAGAAUCAGUUGCGGAAGUUGAAGUGAAACUACAAAAACAGUUUGAAGAAGUUGAGGAAAAAUAUCUGAUGCUUGAGCCUCACGAGAGCGUAGAUAAAGAUAUUACCGCUGAUGCAGGGACCAAAGCUGACGAGUCCUUGGAGGGAGAAGUUUUGGUUAUGGGAUCUAAAAUGGAAGAAAAGCUAAAACCAGUUGUUGAGGCGGGGGGGAAACCCCAAGAAGUUGAUAUAUCCUCUUUUCCUGAUUCUAUUGUUGAGGCUGUUGGAAAAGAUCCGGAGGAAUCAUCAAAAAUACCUGAUAUUACUGAAUCAUCAAUUGAAUCCUUACACAAACCAGUGGAACUCUUGGAAUCUCCUACAAAUGAUUCAGAACCAAAAGUGGGAAAAAAGCCAGCAGAAGUUUUUGUGGAGGAGCUUAAUACACUAGAAAAACAAGAAUCAGUUGCGGAAGUUGAAGUGAAACUACAAAAACAGUUUGAAGAAGUUGAGGAAAAAUAUCUGAUGCUUGAGCCUCACGAGAGCGUAGAUAAAGAUAUUACCGCUGAUGCAGGGACCAAAGCUGACGAGUCCUUGGAGGGAGAAGUUUCGGUUAUGGGAUCUAAAAUGGAAGAAAAGCUAAAACCAGUUGUUGAGGCAGGAGGAAAACCCCAAGAAGUUGAUAUAUUCUCUUUUCCUGAAUCUAUUGUUGAGGCUGUUGGAAAAGAACCGGAGGAAUCAUCAAAAGUACCUGAUGUUACUGAAUCAUCAAUUGAAUCCUUACACAAACCCGUGGAACUCUUGGAAUCUCCUACAAAUGAUUCAGAACCUGAAGUGGGAAAAAAGCCAGAAGAAGUUUCUGUGGAAGAGCCUAAAGUGGUAGAAAAACCAGAAUCAGUUGUGGAAGUUAAAGUGAAACCACCAGAAGAGUCUGAAGAAGCUGAGGAAAAAUAUAUGACACUUGAGCCUAAUGUGGAUGUGGAUAAAGAUGUCACCACUGAUGCAGGGACCAAAGCUGAUGAGUCCUUGGAGGGAGAAAUUUCCGUUGUGGGACCUAAAAUGGAAGAAAAGGCCGUGGGAGGAAAACCCCGAGAAGCUGAAGAAGUUGAGGAGAAAUAUGAGAUGCUUAAGCCUAGGGAAAGCAUUGAUAACGAUAGCGGAAAAGAUGGAGUGACCCAGGAAGAGGAGUCCUUGAAGGAAGAAGCUUCUGUAGUGGAACCUGAAACACUAGAAAAGUCAGAGCCAGUUGUUGAGAUGGGAGGAAAACCACAAGAAAAGGCUCAAGAAGUUGAGAAGAAAUCUGAGAUGAUUGAUCCCAAGGAGAGCUUGGACAGUGACAUCCCAAAAGAUGAUUUGACUGAUAUAGUCGAGGAGGAUAUCAAGCCAUCUGAAUCAGUUGCUUCUGCUAGUCAGGGAGCAGAAUCUGGUCUGAAAGAAGGUGGAAUAAAACCUGUCACUCCUGAUGCAGAAAAUGUCAAUGUGGAUGAUACCAAGAAAGAAGUUGGGGUAGAGGAGGAGAAGGCAGCUGUGCACGUGGGGGAUAUUGAAGCAAAGAAAGAAGAGAAAGUUGUGAACAUGGAAGAGGGCAAAGACAAUGAUGUGAAAAUAGAGGAGCUGACUCAACCUGAGAAAACAGAAACCAUUGAAGAAAAGGAAGCAAAGGAUGUGAAAAUUGAUGAGAAUGAAGAAAAUGGUAUCAAGAAAGAGCAGUUGAUGCUACCUGAGCCAACAGAAACCAAGGAUGUGGGUGGCUCCUAUACAGCUACUGAAGUUACUGAAAAAUAUUCCAAUGAGCAGAGUGCUUCUAAAGAUGCUGAAAUAACCACUCAAGAGAAGAAAGAGCAUGAUGCCAAAGUUGAUACACCAGAUUUGAAGGGUAAAGUGGAUGUGGUUGAAACUAGUAAUUUUGUUGAGGAACCCACUUCAGAGUCCAAGGAGUCAGACUUAGAAGGGAAGGUGGAGGAAGCUGUACAGUCUUGUGUACAUAAUCUGGAUGGAGUAGCAGUGGAUGAGAGUGCAAAAUCUGGUGCUCCAAAUGUGGAAUUAUCCAAACUUAUGGAUAAUUCAAAAACAGAUCAGGACCCUCCUAAACAAGAAGCUCCGGCCAAGCCCUCUCAAAAACAUUCUAAUAACAUUAUAUCAAAGGUGAAGCAGUCAAUUGUGAAGGUCAAGAAAGCAAUCAUUGGGAAGUCUCCAAGUUCAAAACCACUCUCUUCUGAAUCCAAGGGUGACGUACAAACUAAAUGAUGGGGCAAAGACAAAAGGGAAGUUUCUAUUUGGAUUGCCAACGUGUUUUGUGCUUGUGAUUGUUCUGUUAUAGAUGCUGUAAAUGUCAGGUUCUUCUGUUGGAAGGCAGGUCGGCAUGUAUAGAAGGUAAGGGCCAUGAAUUAGCUCAGGAUUCUGUGUUUUGCUUGUAUUAAUUUGUUGGUUUUUUCCCCUUUUUUUUUUUGGUGAGUGCUUAUGGCUUUUGUGAUACAUCAUAUAAUUCUCAAUUGGUCUGUUGAUCGAUGUAUGUAUUUUGUAUUGUAUAUUUGUGAUUAAUGAUUAAUAUUAUUCUUUUACCA